UCGUUUAUGGUUUCCUUUCCAGCAGACGACAAACGGAAAAAGUUAUUUGCACAUUGUAAUAUUUUCGAGAAUGACUUCCUCAUCAUCAGAAAGCAUACUUUUAUUAGUUCCUCACGUUAAACUUAAGAAAAAUGAAGGAGAACUAUAUUUGAUGUCCGAACGAUUGGGGUGGAUGGUUGGUAAUAAAGACAGUUUCAAUGUAACGCAUAAAUAUUGUGAUAUAAAAACUCAAAAGAUUUCACCUGAAGGAAAACCUAAAGUGCAGUUGCAAGUCUGCUUGCAUGAUGGAAAUGCCACAACUUUUCAGUUUGUUAAUCCAGCAGGACAAGCUGAACAGAUGGCUGACCGAGACAAAGUAAAAGAUCUGCUUCAACUAACCCUGCCUAAAUUUAAGAGGAUGAUUAACAAAGAUCUUGAAGAAAAGAAACUUUUUCUGUCUGAAAAUCCACAAUAUCGGCAGCUAUACAUGGAUCUUGUAAAAUCAAAUGUCAUAUCAGCUGAAGAAUUUUGGGCUGACCAUGCAACUCAGUUUAUCAAACAACAACAAGAUGCUAAAAAUGCUAGUCAACAGGAUGUCGGUAUCUCAGCUUCAUUCUUGGCUGAUAUCAAACCUCAGAUUACAGAUGGCUGUAAUGGUGGUGUCAGGUAUCUUCUAACAUCUGAUGUGAUGGCCAGCAUAUUCAGAACAUACCCAUCUGUUAAACAAAAACAUCUUAAAUGUGUACCAAACAAAAUGACUGAAGAAGAAUUUUGGAAAAAGUUUUUCUCUUCCCACUAUCUGCAUCGAGAUAAAAACAUCAAUGAUACUAAAGAUUUGUUUACGGAUUGCGGCAAGCAGGAUGAGCAAAUCCUAAGACAAGAUUUAUCAACUGCCAUCAAAGACCCACUCCUUGAUCUAACUACCCUUAAUGAUGUUGUUGAAGAAGAAUCCUCUUCAACUCCAUCAAACUCCAAAAUUAACAAUAUUGCCCAUCAAAACAUGAUCCGACGGUUUAAUCAGCAUUCCAUUUUAGUAUUAAAAGCAUCGGAACAAGCACCUGGGGAACAAGCACUGGAAUCUUCUGUUCCCGAACCCGCUCCGUCAAAGAGGAUUCGGUUACAAGAAGCGAUGUCGUAUGAGGAUUUGGAAUCUAAUGACACAGACCCUACCGUUCAAUUGAAUCUUUCACGUAUUGAGAGAUACUUAAAUGGUCCUCCUACAACAGUGCAAUCACAAACAGGGGUUAACGGAAAUGGAUUAACUGCUGCUCAUUUUGAUAUUGAUGCCAACGCCUUCAAAUCUAUUCUAGGUCGAUGGAUGCGUGGAGGUGGAGAAAGAUAUAAUCCGUUGGAUGUGCUCAAUUCCGCAACAGCAGUAAACGUCUUAGGUGAAUUGUCGAUCGGUGGAACACUUAUGAGAGGCUCUCAACCAAAUUCGGCGAUUCAUUUGACCAGUGAAUUGCAAAAAGAGCUGAAAGAACUGUACGUCUCAUUAAGUGAAAUUCUUAAGCAUUUUUGGGCUGCUUUCCCUCCGUCGUCGCCUGAACUCGUUCAAAAGACCAAUCGCAUGAUUGAUGCUCUACACAAAUUUAAUCAAGCAAAGUUGGCCCCUUACGAACAGAAACUUAUUCAGGCUAGCACGUCAAGUGAGGCAGAAAAUAUUCUGAAGCCCCUGAGAUUCCAACUACAGGCAGCCAUAAGGAAACAUUCCCAAUUAUCUGAAAGGCGUCCUUUGCCAAGAGCAGCCGUAUCUUCAAUGUGAAUCAUCUCCAUAGAAAAUUUCAGGGUUAUAUUUCAGGCUAUGGACGCACAGUGCGUACCUCAAAUAUAAAUUGUAUUAAACGAU